AAUUUCAUGCACUGCUUAUUUUUAUACCGCCACUUCCCUAAAUAAUCAUCUAUCUGCUAAAAUUUUUUUCUAUCACAGAUAUGGCUGUUUCAUUUUACCAUGUCCUCGCUUUCUUCAUUUCAUGCUUGAUUUUGUUUUUUUCAUGCAAAUCAAAAGCCAAACGACGCUUCAAUCUCCCUCCAGGGCCUCCUGGUUGGCCUGUUGUUGGUAAUCUUUUCCAGGUUGCUCGCUCUGGGAAACCAUUCUUUGAAUACGUUGAUGAACUUCGUCAUCAAUAUGGACCCAUUUUCACUCUCAAGAUGGGGACUCGAACCAUGAUUAUACUUAGCGACGCCAAACUCUGCCAUGAAGCGUUUAUCGAAAAAGGUGUUGUUUUCGCUAGCCGGCCGAGGGAAAACCCCACUCGGAAUAUCUUUAGCUGCAACAAGUUCACCGUAAACGCCGCCGUUUACGGUCCUGUGUGGAGGUCUCUGAGGCGAAACAUGGUUCAAAACAUGUUGAGUUCGACUAGGCUUAAAGAGUUUCGCACUGCUAGAGAGCAUGCAAUGGAUAAACUCAUUGACCGUCUCAAAGCCGAAGCCGCCGCCAAUGACGGUGUUGUCUCGGUGCUGAAAAACGCUCGUUUCGCCGUUUUUUGUAUACUCUUAGCCAUGUGUUUUGGGGUUGAAAUGGAUGAAGAAACAGUGGAGAAAAUGGAUGAAGUAAUGAAAACUGUUUUGAUCACACUUGAUCCAAGAAUCGACGAUUAUCUCCCCAUUUUAAGCCCUUUUUUCUCCAAGCAACGCAAGCAAGCGCUCCAAGUUCGUAAACAUCAAAUAGAUUACAUCGUCCCGUUCAUCGAAAAGCGUCGAGAAGCUCUUUUAAACCCAGGAUCGGAUCGAUCCGCCAUGUCGUUUUCAUACCUCGACACCCUUUUUGAUCUCAAAGUUGAAGGAAGAAAAUCAGCACCGUCCAAUUCCGAGCUGGUCACACUCUGCUCUGAGUUCCUCAACGGCGGCACCGAUACCACCGCAACCGCACUCGAAUGGGGCAUCGCACAGCUAAUUGAAAACCAAGACAUUCAAUCCAAACUGUUGGACGAAAUCAAAUCCACGGUCGGGGAUCGAAGAGUAGACGAAACAGAUAUCGAAAAGCUCAAGUACUUGCAAGCAGUAGUGAAAGAGCUCUUACGUAGGCACCCACCGACGUACUUUUCGCUCACACACGCAGCUACUGAGGAGGCAGCAACAUUGGGGGGAUACGACAUCCCGACGGAUGCGAACCUGGAGAUUUACCUGCCGGGAAUAGGCGACGAUCCGAAAAUAUGGUCCGACCCAGAAAAGUUCGACCCGGAUAGAUUCUACUUAGGGAAAGAGGAUGGUGAUAUAAUGGGGGUGAAAGGGGUGAAGAUGAUGCCGUUUGGGGUAGGGAGGAGGAUUUGCCCUGGUUUAGGGAUGGCGACGGUGCAUGUUCACCUGAUGUUAGCGAGGAUGGUUCAGGAAUUUGAAUGGAGUGCAUAUCCAGCAAAUAGCAAGGUGGAUUUUAGUGGGAAAUUGGAGUUUACGGUGGUAAUGAAGAACGCCUUGAAGGCAACGAUCAAGCCAAGGGAUUCAGGGUGAUAUAUACAUAUAUUCAUAUAUUUGGAGUUGAGAUUUAGUGAAAUAAUUACCUCUUGCACUUGGUAUUUGGUAAUGGUAAGCAUAUAGUUUUGGUUUCUCUUUCUAGUUUAGUGGCUGUUCUCAAUUCUUGUGCUGGAUAUUUGUAUUUUUUUAAUAUUUAAUUUUAUUUCAUAAAUUUGCUUUAAAUUUUAUUAUCA